AUGGCAUGGAACCGCACAUCGAGCAGACCUCCUAGUGUUGCGACGGCUCCACCAGCAUCAGUAGCAGGAACUGCAGCUCCACCACCCUCAGCACCGGCGAAUGCCAACCUUGCCGGAGCGAAUUUCAAUCCAAACGACACAGCUAGUCCCUAUUUCCUACACCCAAUCGAGAAUCAUUCAUUGGUCUUAGUCUCGUCUGCUCCCAAUGGCCGAAAUUAUCAUCCUUGGGCCACGGCGAUGGAGAUGUCACUGCUAUCCAAGAACAAACUAGGGUUUGUCGAUGGCAUGAUUCCGGUACCAAAUGUAGGUGAAGUGAUGUAUCCCUAUUGGAGGAGGUGCAAUAACAUGGUGGCGACUUGGAUCAUGCGAGCUGUUUCUCCAGAAAUUGCGUCAAUAGUCCUCUGGAUUGGGUCAGCUGAACGUAUAUGGAGCACACUGAAAGCCAGGUUCAGUGAGGCAGACAUCUUUAGAAUUUCCGAUCUACACGUCGAAAUUCAUCAAACUAGGCAGGGUGAUUUGAUUGUAAGUGCCUAUUUUGCCAAGUUAAAGAACUUAUUGGAUGAACUUCAGGUCAUUAGGCCCUUGCCAACAUGCAAGUGUGAUAGAAUGUGUGAUUGUGGGCUGUUGGAUACUUUGCAGCAACACUUAGAAAAUGAUAAUCUCUCAGUUUUUCUAAGAGGCCUUAAUGAGACUUAA